CUGGCAUAAAACCCAAUGGUAAACCCCGGCCGUAUCCCGUCGACAUUCUUUCUGUUGACGCUGCUAAUCGCUUAUUUUGUCGCUUAUGGUGGAAAUGCUGCCGAGGAAGGGGACGAAGACGAAAUCAAGGUUCAAGGCCAGGCAAGCGUGACGUAUGACGCAAGGUCCCUGAUCAUCAAUGGCAAAAGGGAGCUUCUGUUCUCGGGAGCUAUCCAUUAUCCUCGUAGCACACCGGAUAUGUGGCCGGACUUGAUUCAAAAGGCCAAGCAGGGAGGUAUCAACACGAUUGAGACGUACGUGUUUUGGAACGGACAUGAACCGGUUCAGGGUCAGUUAAAUUUCGAGGGACAAUAUGACUUGGUGAAGUUCCUCAAGUUGAUUCAUCAGAAUAAUUUGUAUGCAGUCGUUAGACUUGGACCCUUUAUCCAGGCCGAAUGGAACAAUGGAGGAUUACCAUAUUGGCUUAGAGAGGUCCCCAACAUUAUAUUCCGAUCUGAUAAUGAACCUUUCAAGGAACACAUGCAAAGGUACGUCACUAUGAUUAUACAGAAACUGAAGGAGAAGAAGUUGUUUGCUCCACAAGGAGGGCCAAUCAUUUUAGCACAGAUCGAGAACGAGUACAACACGAUUCAGCUCGCAUACAGAGAAAAAGGUUUGAGCUACAUUCAGUGGGCUGCAAAAAUGGCGCUUGGCCAGGAUGUUCAAGUCCCAUGGGUCAUGUGCAAGCAAAGGGAAGCCCCAGGUCCCAUUAUCAAUACUUGCAAUGGAAGGCACUGUGGAGAUACUUUUUAUGGUCCAAAUAAGCCUAACAAGCCCUCAUUGUGGACUGAGAACUGGACUACACAGUUUAGAGUAUUCGGGGAUCCACCGUCCCAGAGAUCAGCUGAAGAUUUGUCAUACUCGGUUGCUCGUUUCUUCUCUAAAAAUGGAAGCAUGGUUAACUACUAUAUGUACUAUGGUGGCACAAACUUUGGCAGAACGAGCUCUUCGUUCACAACGACUCGCUACUAUGAUGAAGCCCCUCUUGAUGAAUAUGGUCUUAUAAGGGAACCAAAAUGGGGUCAUCUCAAGGAUGUUCACAAGGCCUUGAAUUUGUGCAAGAGAGCUCUAUUAUGGGGGACUUCAACUGUUGAAAAGUUUGGUCCAGAACUAGAGACUAUAGUGUGGCAGCAACCUGGAACUCAAGUAUGUGCAGCUUUCUUGGCCAACAAUAACACUCAUCAGCCACUAACAAUCAAUUUCAAGGGCCAGCAAUAUCUCCUGCCACCUCGUUCCAUCAGUCUCCUCCCGGACUGCAAGACCGUGGUUUUCAACACUAACCAGAUCACAGCGCAACAUAACGCGAGAAACUUUGCAAGAUCAGAAGUUGCAAACAAGGACUUUAACUGGGAGAUGUACAGGGAAGUCCCUCCUACUGAAGGUCAACAGAAGUACCCGGGGUUUUUGGAGCAUUGGAUAACUACGAAAGAUACAACCGACUACCUAUGGUACAUAACUAAACUUGAUUUGGGUGAACGUGACUUGCCGAUGAAGAAAGAUAUUCUCCCAGUUUUACGAGUUGCAAGUCAGGGCCAUGGACUCCAUGCCUUUGUCAAUGGUGAAUACAUCGGCAGUGAACACGGAAGAAAAGUCGAGAAGAACUUUGUUUAUCAGAAACCUGCAGCUUUCAAGGAAGGGACUAAUCACAUUGCUCUCUUGAGUUUUGUGGUGGGACUUCCCGAUAGUGGAGCCUACAUGGAACACAGAUAUGCAGGGCCUCGUUCUGUCACCAUCCUAGGUAUGAACACGGGUACAGUUGACAUAUCCGAAAUGGGUUGGAGCCAUCAGGUUGGAAUUGAAGGAGAAGCGAAGAAAAUAUUUACCGAAGAAGGCUCCAAGUCUGUUAAGUGGACCAAGCCUGGCCAAGGAGGACCCAUCACAUGGUACAAGGGGCAUUUUGAUGCACCAGAAGGAAACGAUCCGGUUCUCAUUACAAUGAUUGGUAUGAGUAAAGGUUUGGUGUGGAUCAAUGGCAACAACAUUGGAAGAUAUUGGAUGUCUUACCUCUCUCCUCUUAAACAGACUACUCAAUCCGAGUACCAUAUCCCACGGUCAUUCCUGAAGCCAAAAGACAACCUGAUUGUUAUCUUCGAGGAAGAGCAGGGUACCCCUAAAGAUGUCUACAUAUCCACGGCUAACAGGGACACAAUCUGUAGUGUUGUGAGCGAAUUCCACCCGCCGUCUCCUCGGUUGUUCAAGAACAAAGCUGGCAUCGUCCGACCCCUGGUGGAUGACUUGAAACCAAAGGCUGAACUGACAUGUCCUGACCAGAAGAAGAUCGCGGCAGUCGAGUUUGCGAGCUUUGGAGAUCCUUUCGGAAGCUGCGGAGCCUUGGUUCAAGGAAAUUGCACCGCUCCGGCAUCGAAGCAAGUGGUUGAGAAGCACUGCUUGGGGCAAUCAACCUGCAAAAUCCCAGUGGAGCCAGCAGAAUUUGGUAACGUAAAUGGUGCAUGUCCUCCUAAUGCACCCAAGACUUUGGCUGUCCAAGUGCUUUGUUCUAAAUAAUUGGGAUUUUAUUCUUCUACAAGUCG